AUGGGGAAAGGAUGUGGUGCCGAGAACGGAGGGAAGAGGAAGAAGAAGGACCGGGAUCUGGACGAGCUGAAGAAGGAAGUGUCCUUUGAUGACCACAAAAUCUCCCUGGACGAUCUGGGGAAACGCUAUGGAGUGGAGCUCACACGGGGCCUGACCCACGCCCAAGCCGUGGAGUAUCUGGCCAGGGACGGCCCCAACUCCCUGACCCCCCCGCCCACCACCCCGGAGUGGGUCAAGUUCUGCCGUCAGCUGUUCGGCGGCUUCUCCGUCCUGCUGUGGAUCGGCGCCAUCCUCUGCUUCCUGGCGUACAGCAUCCAGGUCGCCACCGAGGACGAGCCGGUCAACGACAACCUGUAUCUGGGCGUGGUGCUGUCGGCCGUGGUGAUCAUCACCGGCUGCUUCUCCUACUUCCAGGAGGCCAAGAGCUCCCGCAUCAUGGACUCCUUCAAGAAGAUGGUGCCCCAGCAAGCGCUGGUGAUCCGGGAGGGGGAGAAGAUGCAGAUCAAUGCUGAGCUUGUGGUGCAGGGGGACCUGGUGGAGAUCAAAGGAGGCGACCGCAUCCCAGCUGACCUUCGAGUGAUCUCCUCCAGCGGAUGCAAGGUGGACAACUCCUCUCUGACGGGCGAGUCCGAGCCCCAGACUCGCUCCCCGGAGUUAACCAACGACAAUCCUCUGGAGACCCGCAACGUCUGCUUCUACUCCACCAACUGUGUCGAGGGUACGGCCCAGGGCAUCGUGAUCGGCACCGGGGAUCGAACGGUGAUGGGCCGCAUCGCCACGCUGGCGUCGGAGCUGGAGGUCCGGCAGACGCCCAUCAACAUCGAGAUCGAACACUUCAUCCACCUGAUCACGGGCGUGGCCGUCUUCCUGGGCGUCAGCUUCUUCAUCCUGUCCCUCAUCCUGGGCUACAGCUGGCUGGAGGCCGUCAUCUUCCUCAUCGGCAUCAUCGUGGCCAACGUGCCCGAAGGCCUGCUGGCUACCGUCACUGUGUGUCUGACUCUCACUGCCAAGCGCAUGGCCAAGAAGAAUUGCCUGGUGAAGAACCUGGAGGCCGUGGAGACGCUGGGCUCCACCUCCACCAUCUGCUCCGACAAGACGGGCACGCUGACCCAGAACCGCAUGACCGUGUCCCACAUGUGGUUCGACAACCAGAUCCACGAGGCCGACACCACCGAGGACCAGACAGGUUUGGGUUUUGACAAGAGCUCUGCUACUUGGACGGCUCUGUCUCGUGUGGCCGGCCUGUGCAACAGAGCGGAUUUCAAAGCCGCCCAGGAGCACCUUCCUCUCCAGAUGAGGGAAACCGCGGGGGACGCGUCGGAGUCGGCGCUGCUGAAGUGCAUCGAGGUUUGCUGCGGGAGUGUUCGUGACAUGAGAGCCAGGAACCACAAAGUGGCAGAGAUCCCCUUCAACUCCACCAACAAGUACCAGCUCUCGGUCCAUGAAGUGGAGGACAAUCCCUCCGGUCAUAUUCUGGUCAUGAAGGGAGCGCCGGAGAGAAUCUUGGACAGGUGCAGCAGCAUUAUGAUCAACGGGCAGGAGCAAGCGAUGGAUGACAACUGGAGUGAAGCUUUCCAGAACGCCUACAUGGAGCUGGGCGGCCUCGGAGAGAGAGUGCUCGGCUUCUGCCACUUGAAUCUGUCUCCGGCUCAGUUCCCUCGAGGCUUCACCUUCGACAGCGACGAGACCAACUUUCCCACCGAGCAGCUCUGCUUCCUGGGUCUCAUCUCCAUGAUUGAUCCGCCGCGUGCCGCUGUGCCUGACGCCGUGGGUAAAUGCCGCUCUGCUGGUAUCAAGGUGAUCAUGGUAACCGGGGACCACCCAAUCACAGCCAAGGCCAUCGCCAAAGGUGUGGGCAUCAUCUCUGAGGGCACGGAGACAGUUGAAGACAUCGCGGCGAGACUGAACAUCCCUCUGAGUCAAGUUAACCCCAGGGAUGCCAAGGCCUGUGUGGUGCACGGGUCCGACCUGAAGGACAUGAGCUCCGAGUACCUGGACGACCUGCUGAGGAACCACACGGAGAUCGUGUUCGCCCGCACCUCCCCCCAGCAGAAGCUCAUCAUCGUGGAGGGCUGCCAGAGACAGGGGGCGAUCGUGGCUGUGACGGGUGACGGCGUGAACGACUCCCCGGCCUUGAAGAAAGCCGACAUCGGCGUUGCCAUGGGAAUCGCCGGCUCUGAUGUAUCCAAGCAGGCGGCUGACAUGAUCCUGCUGGACGACAACUUCGCCUCCAUCGUGACCGGAGUGGAGGAGGGUCGUCUCAUCUUUGACAACCUGAAGAAGUCCAUUGCCUACACGCUGACCAGUAACAUCCCGGAGAUCUCACCCUUCCUCCUCUUCAUCAUCGCCAGCGUUCCUCUCCCUCUGGGGACAGUGACCAUCCUCUGCAUCGACCUCGGCACUGACAUGGUUCCAGCCAUCUCAUUGGCCUACGAGACGGCGGAGAGCGACAUCAUGAAACGCCAGCCGAGGAACCCGGCGACGGACAAGCUGGUCAAUGAGCGUCUGAUCAGCAUGGCCUACGGACAGAUAGGCAUGAUCCAGGCUCUGGCAGGUUUCUUCACCUACUUUGUGAUUUUGGCUGAGAACGGCUUCCUCCCCUGGACCUUAGUGGGCAUUCGCAUCAGGUGGGACGACCGCGGGGUCAACGACGUGGAGGACACGUACGGCCAGCAGUGGACUUAUGAGCAGAGGAAGAUCAUUGAAUUCACCUGCCACACCAGCUUCUUCAUCAGCAUCGUGGUCGUCCAGUGGGCGGAUCUGGUCAUCUGCAAGACCAGGAGGAACUCCCUCUUCCAGCAGGGCAUGAAGAACCGGAUCCUGAUCUUCGGCCUGUUUGUGGAGACGGCUCUCGCUGCCUUCCUCUCCUACUGCCCGGGGAUGGACGUGGCCUUGCGCAUGUACCCCCUGAAGGCGAUGUGGUGGUUCUGUGCCUUCCCAUACAGUCUCCUCAUCUUCAUUUAUGAUGAGGUCCGUAAAUUAAUUCUGAGGAGAUCCGCCCCCGGAGGUUGGGUGGAGCGGGAGACGUAUUAUUAA